AUGCAGGAGGCGCAGGCGCGUCCAGUCGCCAGAGUAGCCACAGCAGCGACCGUCGCAGCACCCCCAGCAUUGGCAACAAGCGCAGCCUCAGCAACCACAGCGGCAGCGGCAGCGGUCGUAGUCGCAGCAGCAGCAGUGCAGGUGGCCGCUGCAAUGACACAAGACGAUGAGACAUUGCCAGCAGCGCAGCCCGCGCAACCCGACGAUCUUGCGGUUGCGGUGCAGCAGCCGUCCCAGCACCCAGCGAGCGACGCCAGCACGGCAGACUCUGCACUAGCAAGCACAUCCGCGAGACACGACGCGAGCAGCAGCAGCAGCAGCAGCAGCCAUGCGGAAGAAGUGCAAACUGAGACCUCGCUCAUCGCUCAGCGGUCUGCUUCUGAGCAGUCAGUCACGGCCUCCAGCCCGCCGCGAUUGCCUGCUGGGGGCAACCCUCCAACGCCAAAUCGUGCGAGCUCCACCACAGCGCCGGCCGCCGCUGAGCCGUCCACGCGGCGGAUCUUUGUUGGCGGCCUAAGUUACAGCACGACGGAAGAGACGAUGCGGAGGUACUUUGAUCAAUUCGGCACUGUCGUGGAAUCUACUGUCAUUCGUCGUCAGCUGGAUGCACAGCCAAGAGGCUUUGGCUUUGUGAGCUUUGCUGAAGAAAAUGUCCUCGACAUCAUUUUGAGAGACGCCCCAAACAUGCUAGACGGCCGACAGGUUGACCCUAAGAUUGCAGUUCCCCCAGUUAUAAGUCAGCGGGGAGAUCGCCCAGACCCGCCAGCUCGCGAGCGGCGAGCGAGCUCAUCAGCACCACAAUUUCCUCGCUUGCCGGUCGCAGUCGACCAUUCCGAGAGCACUCAAAUUCCCAACAAUUAUCCCGACAAUCGAGCUGCUGGACCAGGUCAAGGACGACACACCGGUCGCACCCGAUCAUCACAUUCCGAGCCCGCGAGUCCCAUCCAUGGCCAGCCGUACCGACCAUGCCGGAUAUUCGUUGGAGGACUCGAUUCUCAGACGAACGAGAGUUCACUGCACGAGUACUUUUCCCAAUUUGGGGUCAUCGAUGCUGUGGAAGUGUUGCGCGAGCCCGGAUCAGGAUUGUCGCGUCGAUUCGGAUUUGUGACGUUUGUGAAUGACAGCUCGGUUGUAGCAGUGCUGGACGCAAGCAAGAUUGCCAUUCACAAACUGGACGACAAGGCAGUCGAUGUCGAUCGAGCAUUCAUCAACCGAGCCUCGCAGAUCCAACACGCCUCGACACGUGCAUUGAUGUCAUGGGGCGUGCCGCAUCUGCAGCAGGUGCCACCGCCAGGCCUGCGUCGGUCGGUGUCAGCCACGCCACAGCUCAUGCCGCCAGUUUAUGCGCCCUACACCCAGCCCACUCCAUACCCCCAACCAGAGCCACUCUCACCCCAGCAGCAACGGCAGAUGCAGCUGAAUCAACUGUUGCUGUUUCAGCAGCAACAACAACAACGGCAGCAGCAGCAACACCAACACCAACACCAACACCAACAGCAGCAUCAGCAGCAGCAACAGCAGCUCUACAACCCGGCUGCGGCGCUACCGCUGGGCCCUGUCCACCACCAGCAGUACAUCAACAUGCUCAACUACGUUCCCGUCGACAUGCGCUAUCUGCAAGGGCUUUUGAUGCAGACAGCCUCCAUGACGGUGCCUGCGUUCUUUGGCGAGACAGCCACUCCACAGGCAGUCGCUGCGCACGAAGCCCAAGCGCGAUUGCUGCAAGCGGCUGGGCAACAGCAUGACGCUGCUAACGUCGCUCGUGCGAAUCCAAGCAGCAGCAGUAGCGCCGCGGCCCCGCCCCUGGUGGAGGACAGCGACGCGACACCCCGCUGA